CUCCAAAUCCCAGUGACAGGAGGCAGCACCAGAGAAGGCCGUGGCCUCUAUUCGUUCCUCCAGGGCAGCUGGUUGGCCACUGUGAGACAGGAUGCUGGGCUGGAUGGUCACUCACUGGUCUUAUCAAGCUGGACUUUAGAAAUCAGAAGGGGGGGCCUGGCCUGUUGAUCUUCAGAAGGGAGAUGAAAACGGUGUUAUUUAGGAUUGCAUUUGACUGAUUUAGUUUUGAUUUAUUGGCAGUCUUAAUUGGAGUUUUUACGUUUUGACUUUUAAUGGAUUUGUAGAAUUGUAGUUUUAUUUAUAUAUAUAUUUGUGUUUCUUACAAAUGUUUUAUUUAUAAUAUAAGCUGCCUUGAAUUCUUCAAGGGAGAAAGGUGGCUAAUAAAUGUUAUUAAAAAUACAUUUGUCUGAAUUGGUGGCAUUGCUUGAUUGAAAUGUGGUAGGAAUUUUCCAGAUAGUCUUGCAAGGUCUUGGGGCAGCCAGAGGUUGUGUUGGACUUUUCUUGGAUGGCAAACUACAGCAGUCUCACAUAAAAGAGGGGUGAAGCAGUAAAUAUUAGUAAUGGGACCACAACUACUGUUGCACUCUGGCUGUAACUAAUUUUUCAUAUGCGUAUAUAUAUAUACAUGAGUUUAUAUCAUUGUUCAUAUUUUUUAUAUUUCAUUAAUUAUAAACACAAUCGUUUCUUGUUAACAACAUCCAAAGGGUACGUUCAACUUAUUUUUAACAAUUAGAACAGGUAAAUUCAGGGUCAUCCAUAUUAAUUCAGGUAAUUUUAGUUCGUACUCUCCCAUCAGUUCAACUUCUAUACGGUAAGUAUCCAAUCAAUGCGAAAACAUGUAUAUGCAUAAAUAUAUGUUCAGUCCAUAUUAGUUCAUCAGCGUUUUAUAUAAAUCCACACAGGUAAAUGUUCUGUACGUAUUCAGUAAUAAGUCCAAAAUUAUGCACAGGAAUAAGUCCAACUUAUUUUAAACACAAGGAGGAAAACGCAUUGCGCCUAAUCCGCGUUUUUCGAUGGCUUCGUCAGCCUCACAGGUUGUAGAUAUAAUUUAUAUUGGCUUCAUAUGGGUACUCUGUAAAGGUAAAUUCAAAUAACAUUCAAAUAAAUCUGUCAUUAUUAACUACAACUACGAACUACAGCAGUCCCCAUUUCAGAAGCAAAGCCGAGUGCAGGUUGUGGCGUGUGUUGCUUUCUUACGAUGUGCCGCCUUCUUUGUAGCAUGCUUCUCCAGAUGUGGAAAAAAUGAUCCUUGGAAACAAAUGUGAUAUGAAUCAGAAGCGGCAAGUGUCCAGAGAUCAAGGAGAGAAGCUGGCCCUUAGUUUUGGAAUUAAGUUCAUGGAGACCAGUGCGAAGGCAAACAUUAAUAUAGAGAACGCGUUUUUUACUCUUGCAAGAGACAUCAAAGCAAAGAUGGACAAGAAACUGGAAGGCAACAGCCCUCAAGGCUGCAGCCAGGGUGUAAAGAUCAGCCCGGAGCUACAGAAGAAAAGCAGCAUUUUCCGAUGUGCCCUUCUCUGAGGGGUGCCGCUAUAGCAUGGCUACGAGGACUGACUCGACUUCUUGGAAUGCUCUUGCUUGCAGGGGUUGUCCCUCUGUCUCUGACCCCCUGCAAUGCACCUUGUGCCUAUUAGGAGGAGAUUGAGAAGGCAGUUUCUUUUCUUGACUGAUUCUUGUGAACUAGACAGUAGGCUGUCUUCUCAUGGCUUCUGUCUGGAGGAAAAUAUGCUGGGCAUUGGGGAGAGAGACGAAUCAAAUGAUCAUCUGAAGCAAAUUUUGUGAACUCUUGAACCUACUAGAAAGAAGUUACGAUCGGAAGAAUUCUAAAUGGUUUCCCGCAGAAAUCACAAUCUGUUCUAAGGGUGUGGGACACAAGUUUAUAGGGCUUAAUUGUACAGUUAGCUCUAAGCACUGUUGUUGUUUUUUUAAAUAACAGACCCGUGCCUUCAUUUCAGGGGGUCACAAGGCUCAAGUUUCCCUUGCACAAAAAGGCACCUUUGUCUACUCCUGGUGUGCUCUUGCCAGUUGUUCUAAACAUUCCCAUUGUAGAAGUUGCACAGUGCCUCAAUACAAAAAUAAAUCUAUUUUUUUAAAGAAA